CCUAAAUCUAUAACAACACAAAACUAGGAGCACUAACUAAUCAACUAUCUGUCUCCACUUUCUCUUGUUUGAUUUAUACUUCAGGAAUAGAUGAGGUAUAUUCUCACCAUCUUAAUUUUUUGACUCGACUUCAUCGAGUUCUUUACAACUUCAACAGCCGGGGUUGACGACGGACCAGCUGCGGCGACGACCUGCUUCCGCGAACUCGGCCGUGAUCUGCGACGGCUUGGAGGCUAGAAGGGCGCAGGGUUCUGCUCUGCUCUAAGACAGAUAUUUUUAUCUGCUGCCUAUGAAGACAUGCUAGAAGAUUUCGUUAUAGGCUCUUUACUCUAAGAUCUCAGGGUCUAUGCAUUUCUACAUCAAGGGGAUCUGGCAGUUGUUCAGGGAUGUGGACAAAUGUGUUCAAGAUCGGUGGUUUACAUAACAUAUCAUGGUUUCAGUUUCUUCCUAAUGAAUCUGAACUCAAUUCUCUUCCUGAUAAGAGUGUGAAAGGGGACAAGAAAGCUGCUGCAUCACUGCUUGUGCUCUCAUCACAUCUACAGUUGCAGAAAGAAGGAUUUCUCAGCACUUGGACCAAUGCUUUUGUGGGACCUUGGGACCCAUCUCAAGGUCUCCAUAACCCAGAUGAAAAGAUUAAGCUCUGGCUUUUUCUGCCUGGGCAUUAUUCUACUGUGGUUGAGAAGGCUCAGCCGGCAGUUUCCAGAUUAAGAGUUCUUGCAUCUGGACUCUGGGUGGCUCCUGGGGACUCAGAAGAAGUUGCUGCUGCUCUAUCUCAUGCUUUAAGGAGUUGUGUAGAAAGAGCGCUAAAAUCAUUCUCAUACAUGAGAUAUGGAGAUGUAUUUGCCAGAUAUUACCCGUCAUCACAUAAUGAAGAUUCCUUCUGGAGAGGCCAGCCAGUGAUUGAAUUCUUCUUUACUACUACAGAGGAGGCAGUGUUUGUACAUGCUGUCAUAUCUUCAAAACAUAUACGAGCUCUUUCAAGCAGUGACAUUGAGAAAGUAUCUAAACAUUCAUCAAACUCUUCCGGAAACACACUUCCAGUUGUUGUCUCACCUCAUGGAAUGCGUGGGAGGCUUACUGGAUAUUGCCCAAAUGACCUUGUGAAGCAAGUAUAUCUUAGUUCUGGCAAGUUUUCCUCUUCAAAUGGUAUUGUGGGUCUACCAAACCAUGUACCUCAUGACUCAAGCUGUCAGCUGAGGGGACAGAACUGCUUCGUUGAAGUUUCCCUCGGAUGCCCUGCUAAAGAAACCGGCAACACACUGAGACAACAUUCAAAUUCUCAGAAAAGUCUCCAAGGCCAUAAUGUUGUAGAGUCCCAAACAGUUGUCACAGUCGGUCAUAGCAGACCACCGGAUAUAUGCGAAAGAAUGUUCUUUUAUCCUAGCGAGGCUGUUCUUGUCCCAGUCAUGCAAACUUCCUAUGCUAAAUCAUCUUUAAAAAGAUUCUGGCUUCAAAGCUGGAUUGGGCCAUCGUUGUCUGUUUCCUCCUCCUUCAUGCAUUGUGACAUAAAGGGUGAUUCAAGGGAUGGAUCCUGGAUCAAAGCAAAUGAAAACCACACCCAGCACAAUUAUCGUAGCAGUAGCAACAGCAACAAUAGUAGUCUUAGUAGCAUUAGUAGCUCUUCCAGCGAUAGCGAUUACAGGACUGCUGAUCUUGAAGCAGACGCUGAUUCUUUAUUUUGCAGGCAGUCUGGCCUAUCUUCAGAACAGUCACACAAAACGGGAUUAAAACGGUCACUUAUUGGGAUUUCUGAGUCUUACUCUCAGGCAGGGGGGGUUGUCAAUUCAGUGAAUACUGAUUACACUUCCAUGGAAGUUACCAGAUCAGCCAUUACGGGAGUAAAUGAUCAGAAUGACCUUCAAUGGAGCUGGGAUGAUGAUGACACUGGCGAGGGCAUGGAUAUUCAAGCACUUCUCUCUGAGUUUGGAGAUUUUGGGGAUUUCUUUGAGAGUGAUGUGUUAUCUUUUGGGGAGCCCCCAGGAACUGCAGAGUCCCAUGCUCUUGUGUUUACAGGGGCUGAUUGUAGCGAUGUUGGUAACAGUCCAUGCACCUCUGUAAUGGAUUUGCCAGAGCAGGUGCUUGCACCUGUAGGUUUUCAAUCUUUUGAUAGUUUUAAUCAUCCUCCACCUUUGGCAUGUAUAGAUGACUCUGUGACCAAACCUCAAGAAGUUUCUAGAGGUACUGAAGCCUCAUACCAAGUGAACAACAAUCUUGCAUAUUCUACUGGCGAGUUUGAUAAUUUGACAAAGGUUGAAGCCAUGAUGACAUUCGCUCCGGAAUAUGGAGCAGUUGAAGCCCGUGCAAGUGAGCUUUCUCAUUCAGUCUUUGCAAGCCCAUAUAUUCCCAAAUCCCGUAAAGUAGAGACUGCAAAUUCGUGCACAAAUGGUUAUGUAUAUUGUGCAAACCCACCCUCUCCUCGCCUUGGCAGAUCUGAUGUCAAUUCUGGCAUUGCUGCAAAGUUUAAGACGUCUGCAGGAAAGCAUGAUGCAUCCAGUUUUCAAUCAAAGAAAUAUUACACUCAUGUUGAGUGCGGAAUGGACCAAAAUAAUAAAAAGUUGUCUAAUUCUGAGAACUGCGCAACUCAGGAGGUUCAAGGAGCACAUCCAUUUUCUGCUUUAGAUUCUACAAAUACUUUGAAAUCCGUGCAGAGCAAAAUUGGUAAAACAGAUGAAGGCUCAUUAAAAGUUGAGAAUGUUAUCCCAUCAAUGAAAACUCUAUUGGCCACAGAAGUUGAAUGCCUAAUGUGCCAGGCAUAUAUGUGCAAAAUAAGGCAUACACUCCGAUCUUCCAACCACCCCCCUAUCGCCAGUAAGCUUUCUGCAUAUACUAAUUUGAGCCACGCACCAGCUGACUCUAUUGUCACAAUUGACAAUAUGUCAAACAAAUAUGAUGUGAAGAAGAAAGAACCAAUACCAACUAGGAUAGCUGGUGAUAUUGAUGUGAGAUUAUUAGAUGGGUCAUUCAAUUCUACAGUUGGUGUUUUGCGUACUUCUCCAAAAGGCACAAAACUGAUGUCAUCUGGUAUAGAAGCCUGCCAAUCUGGACCACACAAUUCUUACGUUGAAGAAAAUAUGCUUUCAUAUGGGUUGAGGCAACCACUUCAAGAGCUCCUUGAUGGAAUGGCAUUACUUGUUCAGCAAGCUACAUCAUUUGUCGAUGUGUCACUGGAUGCAGAUUGUAAUGAUGGGCCCUUUGGUUGGCUUGCACUGCAGGAGCAAUGGAGGCGAGGUUUUGCAUGUGGGCCUUCUAUGGUUCAUGCAGGCUGUGGGGGACUUUUGGCUUCCCGCCAUUCCUUGGACAUUGCUGGUGUUGAGCUUGUUGAUCCACUUUCAACUGAUGUUCAGGCUUCAUUAGCAAUUAGUUUACUCCAGUCUGAUGUCAAAAGUGCUCUCAAAUCCGCAUUUGGCACUUUGGAUGGACCACUAUCAGUAACUGAUUGGUGCAGAGGCCGUGGGCAUUCCAAUGAUGCUGCAAUAUCAGGGGAUGGAUUUCUGGCGGAGUCUACAGGAAGUGCAAGUGAAUGUCGAGAUUCUUCAAGCACCGUAUCUUUGUCUGUUGGAGAACCAAUAAGCCCAUCUCCAUCUGCUGUGGCAUCAGCUUCUUUCAAAGAUGCAUCAAGAGGGGAUGGGGCAACUGAGCGAAGGUUAAGUCAAGACACUUCAUCAGAGUCUGAACACCUACUGAAUUCACGUCUUAAACCAACUAUUGCUGCAGUUCCUUAUCCUGCCAUACUCGUUGGGUACCAAGAUGACUGGCUUAAGACAUCACCUAGCUCUCUACAAUUGUGGGAGAAGGCUCCUUUUGAACCUUAUGCCAUGCCGAAAAAUAUGAUGUACUAUGUUGUAUGUCCAGAUAUUGAUCCAUUAACAAAAGCUGCUACUGAUUUUUUUCAACAACUUGGAACUGUUUACGACACUUGCAAACUGGGUUCCCAUUUACCUCAUUGUGUUGGUAAUGAGAUGGAGAUAGAUUCUGGGAAAAACACUUCAGGUUUUAUUCCAAUUGACUGUCCUCAGUCUAUGAAGAUUGACAGUAGCAGUGCAUCUAUGCUGGGAUCAAUCAGUGAUUAUUUUCUCUCUCUCUCCAAUGGUUGGGAUUUGGAAAGCUUUUUAAAGUCUCUUUCAAAGGUUCUCAGAACUUUAAAACUGAGUUCAUGCCUAAACGUAAAAGAUGGAAAAAGUGGCCCAUGCACGGUAGUCUAUGUUGUAUGCCCAUUUCCUGAGCCUCUUGCAGUCUUGCAAACUGUCGUUGAAGCUGCUACGGCUAUUGGAUCAGUUAUCGUCUCUUUUGACAAAGAGAGGCGAUCUACGUUGCGCAAUCAAGUUGGGAAAGCUUUAAGUUACUCAGCAGCAGUGGAUGAGGCAUUCUCCAAUGUUUUGACUCUCUCAGGCUUUUGUAUUCCUAGGUUGGUUUUGCAGAUAAUCACGGUUGAUGCCAUCUUUAGGGUUACAAGCCCUCCAUUCAGUGAGCUUGUGAUCCUGAAGGAAAUUGCAUUCACUAUUUACAACAAAGCUCGCAGAAUUUCUCGUGGGUCCUCAAAUGACACGGCUCCUUUGUCAUCCGUAUCAAGCAGAUCGCAUCCCGCCCUGAUGCAAAUGAGUUCUCCUAUUCCAAUGUGGAAGGAUUAUGGUUCUCGAAAUGUAGGUUCCUCCUUUCAGAGAGAGGGUGAACUCGAUGCUAACCUGAGGAAUACAUGGGAUAACUCAUGGCAGAUGUCUAGAGCUGGAGGAAUUGGAAAUGAUCCUAACAGAAUAAGCGACAUCAUUUUCCAAGAUGAGAUCCGAUAUUUAUUUGAACCACAUUUCAUUCUUGCUGAUCCUGGUUCUUUAGAGCGUGGACAUUCAUUCCCUGUUUCUGGGAACCUUUCAUCUGAAUCUUCAAGACUUUUGUUAGAUGAUGGUAUCAGUGGAGAUAUAGGAGCAAGCUCUCUGUCUGAAGGGAGAGAAUUUGAUGGUUCUGGAUCUUGCCACCAAAAGUUGCACUGUUGCUACGGAUGGACAGAGGAUUGGCGGUGGCUAGUGUGCAUAUGGACAGAUUCCAGGGGAGAGUUGCUCGACAGUUACAUACAUCCCUUUGGGGGUAUCAGUAGCAGGCAGGAUACAAAGGGUCUGCAAUCUCUUUUUGUCCAGAUCUUGCAGCAAGGGUGUCAGAUACUUCAGGCUUGUGGUGCUGAUGAUGCCACUGCCAAUCCUAGAGACUUUGUGAUUGCGCGUAUUGGAUACUUCUUUGAGCUAGAGUGCCAAGAAUGGCAGAAAGCACUCUAUGCAAUUGGUGGCUCUGAGGUGAAAAAAUGGCCUUUACAGCUUAGGCGACAUGUACCUGAUGGGGUACCUCCAAACAGUAAUGGAACUUCCAUGCAACAACAAGAAAUGAAUUUAAUACAAGAGAGAACCUUACCAUCUUCCCCUAGUCCCUCGCUCUAUAGUUCCCACUCAAAGGCUUCUUCAUUCAUUAAAGGUGGUCUGGGACCCAAUGCAAGGCAGCAGAUGAUUGGUGGUCACCCUUUAGUUGAUAAUUCCAGAUGCUUGCUUCAGUGGGUCCAAAGCAUUAGUUUUGUUUCAGUUUCAAUUGAUCACUCCCUGCAGCUCAUGCUUCAAGCAGAUUCUGCGUGUCAAGGGGCAAGUCAAAGCAGUAGCAGCAACAUUCCAGGUCCACCAAGUUAUCUUGAAGGAUAUACCCCUGUGAAGUCCCUCUCUUUGACUCCCACAUCCUAUGUAUUCAUUCCCUCCCCUAACAUGCGCUCUCUAGCCCCUGCAAACCUCCAGCUGCCGACAUGCCUCACUGCCGAAUCCCCUCCACUGGCACAUCUCCUCCACAGCAAAGGCUCUGCACUCCCGUUAUCGACCGGAUUUGUGGUCUCAAAGUCUGUACCUACGAUGAGGAGAGAUGCUCGGAAUAUUUCAAGAGAGGAGUGGCCUUCCGUUCUUACGGUCGGCCUCGUUGACUACUUUGGCGGAAACCGUGGCCCACAAGAGAAAGUAAUGGUUAAGGGUGGCGCCCCGAAAAUUGGGGGGAAGAGUGGCUUGAAUUUGGAAACCAAAGAUUUUGAAGUGGAAACUCAUCGUUUGGUUCUCGAGAAUAUAGCAGCUGAGCUCCACGCGUUGUCAUGGAUGACUGUGAGCCCCGCAUACUUGGAAAGGAGGUCCGCUCUUCCUCUCCAUUGUGACAUGGUGUUGAGACUUAGGCGAUUGCUUCAUUUUGCUGACGUGGAAGUUUCUCGAGUGCCUGAGAAGUCACAAGUUUAGGAUAUAUAUAAUGAAAUAUAAAAAAAUAUGGAGCAGAAGUCCUUUUAGGAGUCUCUGAGGACAUGCUUUAACGUGUCCAGUUUACUGGGUAUGGAAUGAUGAAAAUCACGUGGGUCCAUUGAACUACGUGGAGGCGUGGAGCCCUGUGGCUUUACACCCAUAUAUUGUAAUAUCAGCACACUAAGGUGUGGUCCCACAUGGGCUUUUUUGAAUUCAUAUACAGAGCCAUGCAUUUUUUGUAAGUUUUUUGCACUAUCAUUUGUAUUUCAGUGUGUGUAGGAGAUCCUAUUAUAGAUUAUGGUGGUCAGAGAAGUAGAUUGCUAUGUAGAUCUUGUAAUUUGUAAAUAACAUUCAGAAUUUUAUAUUAACCACAGCUGAAAAGGUUCAAAUCUUCAGGAGUUCAGGGUAGAGAUAUGGUAGUAUUAUAGAUUUUGGUUUUCCCAGUAUUUAUUCUGGGGUGUUAAAUGUAAAACUUGUUUGUUCUGUGGGUAUCUUGUGAAUAAUCCUGUGACGAAUUCAGUCAAUAAUUGGUUAAUUAUUGAUGUAAGUGUCAAGUUUAUGCCAUAUUU